AUGGAUUCCAGUGAUCAAAAGCUUCACAUAGCAAUGUUUCCAUGGCUAGCCUUUGGCCAUAUGAUCCCAUACCUAGAGCUCGCCAAGCUCAUUGCCCAAAAAGGCCACCAAAUCUCCUUCAUCUCCACUCCAAGAAACAUCGAACGUCUCCCGCAGCUCCCUCCGAAUCUCUCGUCGUCGUUAAUCACCUUCGUCAAGCUCCCGUUGCCCAGCGUAGAUGACGACUUCCCAGAAGCCGCGGAGGCCACCACAGACGUAUCGCAGAACAAAGUUAUGAAGCUUAAGAAGGUAUACGAUGCUCUCCAACAGCCCCUUACUCAUUUCCUAGAAUCUUCCAACCCAGAUUGGCUACUCUUCGAUUUUGCAGCUUACUGGGCCCCAGCUACUGCCCGUAACCUUGGCAUACCAUGUGCCUUCUUUAGCAUAUUCAUCGGAGCAUGCUUAGCUUUUGUUGGGCCCACUUCCCCGGAAAUAUCCCCGGAUGAUCGUAAGAACCCGGAGGAUUACACCGUCCCGCCCAAAUAUUUAUCGGUUCAUGGAGGGGAUGAGGGGCUGUGA